GGGGCACGAUUCGUCGGCCCCGGCCUGCCGUUGAAGAGCGGCCACCGGGUGGGGCGUCAAGGCGGCGGGUCGGGGCGGGCGAAGUUGCCGCGGUCGGCUCUUCACGCCCGCCUGCCUUAAAGUCCCGGUGGCCGCCGCAGUGGUGGCAGUAUCGCAGUGCGGGCGGCGGCUGCGGUAGCGCCGGGAUCGCGGGGAAGGGGCGGGCGCCAUUGGCUCGGAGCGCAGCGCCUCGCCGCGGCUUAGCCCCUCCCUGCCGCCUCCGCCUCGCUCCCGCCCCCGGGCCGAGGCUGUCACCCCGCCGCGCGAGGAGGCGCCGCCGCCGCGCCUGACGCCGGGCGCCCGGCGCUGCCAGGAUGUUUGACAGGACGCGGCUGCCCUUCGUGGCGCUGGAUGUGGUCUGCGUGGUGCUGGCUGGCUUACCCCUUGGUGUUCUAAACUUGGCCAAAAUAAAACCGUAUCAGAGAGGCUUUUUCUGUAAUGAUGACAGCAUCAAGUAUCCGUUCCAUGACAGUACCAUCACAUCCACUGUCCUCUACACAGUGGGGUUCACCCUGCCCAUUUUCUCUAUAAUCCUAGGAGAGACUCUCUCGGUCUUUUAUAAUCAUUUGCACUCAAAUUCAUUUGUCAGAAAUAACUACAUAGCCACUAUUUACAAAGCCAUUGGGACCUUCAUUUUUGGAGCAGCUGCUAGCCAGUCGUUGACAGACAUUGCCAAGUACUCCAUAGGUAGACUGCGUCCUCACUUCCUCGCUGUGUGCCAGCCUGACUGGGCACGAAUCAACUGCAGUCUAGGUUACAUUGAGAACUUCUCUUGUCAAGGAGACAAAGCAAAAAUCGACGAGGGAAGACUAUCAUUUUACUCUGGCCAUUCUUCAUUCUCAAUGUACUGCAUGCUCUUCCUAGCACUUUACCUUCAAGCCAGAAUGAAAGGAGACUGGGCAAGACUUGUACGUCCUACUCUACAAUUUGGUCUUAUUGCUACAUCUAUCUAUGUGGGUCUCUCACGUGUUUCUGAUUACAAGCAUCAUUGGAGCGAUGUUUUAACAGGACUCAUUCAGGGAGCAGUGGUAGCUGUGCUCAUUGUUGUGUAUGUGUCUGACUUCUUCAAAGUGAGAGGAUGUACAUUUCAACCAAAAGAAGAUUCUCAUACAACCCUACAUGAGACUCCAACAAAUGGAAAUCACUUUGGCAGCAAUCAUCAACCAUGAAGAAUGACCCACCUCACCUGUCCUGCUCGCUGAAAGGAAAACACUUUCCCAACUCUAACUAUGUAAUAUAAGUAAAGCCUAUAAGUAAGCCUUUAAGGGACUGCUGCUGCUCUUGGAUACUCACUUUACCUGUAUAUAGAAACAUCUGCCACAGUUACUGUAUAUCUAAACUUUAAACUUCUGUUGGUUCAAGCUUUUGCUUAAAAGAAAAAAGCUAUUCAAAUUGUAAAUUUUUAUUGAAAACAUGGUAACAGUUAUAUUACCUACUGCUGUUUGUACCUGCCUUGUUGAAACAACUGUGGUUUAAAUACACACCAUUAAAAGAAAUAAUGAUGAGCU